UAUCACAAGAGGAUAAUCUAUUUUCAUUUGAAGUACUCCCAUUCAGAUCUAAACCAAGCAAUGAUAAUGAAGCAUCAAAUGAACCGACUGGUUCUAAGGAAAUAGACACAGCUGAAAAUGAAGAAGAUGACAUCUUUGCAAUAAAUGAGACACAUCAAACGACUAUUAAAAACAAUAACCAAAAGUCGACCGCCUUAUACUAUCAAGCACAUAUAAAGAAUAAGGAAAUAUCACUAAUCGUUGACUCAGGUUCUUCAGGAUGCAUUAUAUCCGCUGCAUUAAUGGAAGAACUUGGAAUGGAAUCAAGCAGCAAUCAAAUGAAAGUCAAGAUAUUUUAUUGUAAUAGAAGGACAGCUUUAUAA